CAGGCGCUUCCGGAUGAAUUUGUUUGGGAAGAAGAAGACGGCAGGGCCGCCCCCGAAUCCUGGGGACGCCAUCAUCAAGCUUCGCGGCACGAUGGAAACCUUAACCAAGCGGGAGGCGUACAUUUCCAAGAAGAUGGACAUGAUGGUGAGGGAGGCCAAGGGGAAAAUGGCGCGAAAGGAUAAAAACGGGGCCCUCUUUGCCUUGAAAAAGAAGAAGAUGUACGAGGCAGAAGUGAUCAAGAUUCAGGGGGCGAUGAUGAAUUUGGAAAGUCAGGCGAUGUCCUUGGAAGGGUCGGCGACCAACAUGGAGGUGUUCGGGGCCAUGAGGACGGGCGCCAAGGCAAUGGGGGCAAUGCGGGGCGCCAUGGACGUGGACAAGGUGGACGACUUGGUGGAUGACAUCCGGGAAGAGAUGGACACAGCCACCCACAUCUCCGAGGCCAUCUCCACCCCCUUGGACGGGGGCUUGCAGGACGACGACGACCUGCUGGCGGAACUGGACGCGAUGGUGGAGGAGGAAACGGAGGCGAAGCUGACGCAAGUCCCAGCGUCACUGCCGGUUAAACCCGGGAUGGCGGAAACGGCUCCCGAGCCGUUUCCGGAAUUACCGGCCGUCCCUACGAACAAGCCAGUGGCAAGUCCGGGACUGGAGGCGUUGGAGGGCGUGGACGAGGAGGAGCUAAGGGCGUUGAAGGAAUUAGAGCAGAGCAUGGCGGUGUAGGGGGUAGGGGAGGAGGGAGGGACGGAGGACGGG